UAGCCAUUUAAUCGUGAUUACCUCUAGCGGCCGAUCACGUAUGUGACAUGGCGUCCGGGUAGGAAGAAAGUUGAUUGUUAAAUAAGCGUUAAUGUUGUAUUUAUGACACUGACCGACCGAAAAGGGAACAUCCGAGGCCGCGAAUUUCCCACAGACACCGGCAUUGAUGGUAAUGCAUGCGAGGAAACCACAAAGGAUCAGCGAUGGGUACUUCGAAAAGCACCAGGCCCAUCCCUACCAGAACGCGAAGUACAGCAGUUCUAAGGGUGGCUAUUCUUCAUCGACGACGUCGUCGGAUAGUCGCUACGAAGCGCGUAUGCGUGAUUCCCCAAAUGGCAAUUCUUACAGUCCAGCAGGAGGCUUGGGAUUGGGCAUGGGAGCAGACAGAGAUAGCCCGAGGAGUUAUACCUCCAAGCCCCUGUAUAAGAAGGAGAGAGAAAAUAGAGACUAUAAAUUAUCCUCCUCUAGGGACAAGUAUUCCGAUUGUGCACGAUCACCAAAAGACAAGAGAAGCCAUGAGAGCAGGGAUUCAGAACACAGGACCAACCACGAUAGGAGUAGUGGAGAGAUUUUACACCCCAUAAAAUUAUCAUCUAAUUCAUCACGAGAUUCUUCGUCUCAAAGAAAACCAGCUCACAAUUCUUGUCAGGAUAAACGCGGUGAUGAACGAGGUGCAAUGGAACGGACAGCAAGGUUUGGUGAUUGGUCAGAGCAUAUGAGUUCUUCAGGAAAGAAGUAUUAUUAUAAUUGCAAAACAGAAGUUUCUCAAUGGGAAAAACCACGUGAAUGGAUUAUUCGAACAGAUAAUCGUCAACGCCAAUCCAAUGAUUACUCCUCUAGGUCAAACUAUUAUUUUAUAGGUCAUGAUAAACAUUCCAACUCGCGAUCAAAUAGUAGCAGCGUGCGAGAUGGUAAAUCAUCGCGGCAAUCGGACAAGCGGGAAUAUUGGACUUCAUGUAGUGGAAGUAGCGGUAACACUAGAGAAGAAGUUUCUACGCGUGAUAGGGAAAGAGAAAAGGAACGAGAGAGAGAACGUGAGAGAGAACGAGAAAGAGAAAGGGAAAGGGAAAGAGAAAGAGAGAGAGAACGAGAAAGGGAAAGGGAAAGAGAUUCUUGUAGGGAAGAAACAGGAGCAGAACGUCAAGCCCAAGAUAUGGAUAUUUCACCUGGUGAUUCUACACCUACUUCUGAACCUUUAACAUCCUGUGCUCACGAUCCACUGCCGCAAGGUCCUGUUCUACUGGCCACUGCAUUACCUCGAUUAGCAUCUCAUCCACCAUCGACACCACAACCACCUGGAAAAUUAAGUUCACCAACCCAACAACAAGGGAAUAGUAAUGCCCCAGGACCACCAGUUUCAUUAGCAAGCUUACCAAGACUUCUUUCUCAAAUCACUGGCAGUAAAGAACAACCUGACAUUACACCACAGAAAGCGUUACAGACAAUUCAAACAGCUAUCUUGUUAUCUAGACAACAAUCAGCAAGUGGAGACCGAAAUAAUAGUGGCAAUGAUGUAAUGGUCCCAUUAAAAGUUGAUACUAGUGGCAAUACUACCAGUGAGGGACCACCUACUCCAACUCAUUCAGAAACUCAGGAUUGUAUCGAUGCUCGCAAAUUAACCAGUCCUGGAGGAACGAAUUCUGGGGUGCAAGGUCUAAGCUCAUUGCAAAGUCUUAGUACAUUAGGUUCUCUUGGCAAUUUGAGUAAUACUGGAGGUUUACAAGCAUUGUCUAGAGUACAACCUCCUUUAACACCUUCCUUAACACCAUCGCUCGCUAAUCAUUAUCGAGAAGAUUUAACACAACAUGUGCGUGCCUUUCCAGCCGAUAUCCUUGAAAAACAGGCACAAAAACUUAGCGAGGAAGCACAUACAAUGGGCAGUUUACAAUGCACAAGAGUAUCUGCAGAAUUGAAAACAGCACGAUCGAUAGUGAGGCUGACAGAAAUUCAGGCAACACUACAGGAACAAAGGAUAUUAUUCCUCCGUCAACAAAUUCAAACAUUGGAGGAACUAAAAUCCCAAAAUUCCUUCAUGUCUGAUGAUUCUUAGUGUAAGAAACUUUAUAAAAAAUAAUUAUAAUUACAACAACCUAUAAUUAAUUCAU